CCUCCUCCUGCUCCUGUACUCCUUCUCCUUAUUCUUACAUUUUUCUGCAUAUCCACGUUACCUGCCACCGAGAUGACUCCCUCCUUUUCAUUAAAUUUCAGCAUCACCCAAUACCCCAACUCCUUUAUGCAAAUCCAUGGAACCAGUUUCUCUCUUCUGUAAAAACGAAGAUCCAACAGGCUUUUGUGCUUCCCAUGACUCCAUCCUCUUCAUUAGAAGUCUUUGAAGAAGCCAUUUUUCCAUCAAAACUUCAAAUUACAGAAGAAGAUUUCUCUCCUCUUAUGCGUGCUCUCUGCUCAAGUUGUAAUUAGUACCAAGUUCAAGCUAACUGCUUAGUCCCAGCUUUGUCUGGUACUAUACAAACCCUCAAACUUCUAUCAUCUGUAUAAGAAGUUCUGAAGCAAACUUCUACUUAGUACUUGUAUAUAGGAUUAAUGUUUGAAGUUAUGUCUGAUCACCAAGUCAAGAGCAUUGUCGUAAGCGUUGCAUCACAACCAGGAUCCAGUUCCGAAGGUACGGACGGGCAACGCUCAGAUAUUCGGACUCUAAUUAAGAAAUCAUUGUCAACAGAUACAACUUCAAUUAAGAUUGCAUUGUUAGCAGUAUUGGUAGCACUUAAAUAUUCCCUUGCCGAUAUAUGGGUACCAUUGGGACGUCAUGUUUGGGGGGCAAUUGUAGGUAAAAUCGAGGUGAAUCUCAGUAUGCGACAACGGAGGGAACUACUAGUGACAUUAGUUCCCCAUAUGGUUCUCUGUUUGACCAUGACAUUUCUUCUGCCCAUCAGUUUUCUGCGGAAACUGAUAUUAAUAACAGGGAAUUUUCUACCUAAUACGCGGGAAAGGAUACUACUUGCAAUAUCUUGUAUUGGGUUGUUAGUGGAUCCUUUGUUCUUUUACAUUCCAUUCAUCGAUGAGAAAAGAAAGUGUAUUGGAAUGGACAAGAAGUUAAGGGAUGUAGUUCUUGCAUUGCGAUCACUUACAGAUCUCGCUUUCGCACUCCAUACUGAUGCUCAGAUUCGUGAUCUGACUGACGUGCCCUCCGACCCCUUCGACUUUGAGUAUGAGGAUAUCGUGUAUAGGGGUUUAAAGUGGAUAUCUCAAGAUAUCAUAAUCGAGGUCCUUCCUAUUCUUCCCAUCCAACAGGUCAUACUAGUAGCUAUAUUUUUCAGAAUGAAUGAUUCUGGAUAUCUAAAUGAAGCAGCAACUGGCAACGUUUUUCUUACUUUGCAAUUAAUUGCAAGGGGUUGCCAAAUCUACCACUUCUGGAAGCCAUUUAAAAGGGUUGGAAAAUGGGCCAUAAGUGCAUUCUUUAUCCUCAUGUACAUCUUGGUUGGCCAUGUUUUCGGUGCAUUUUGGUACUUUAUGUCAAUUCAACGAGAGAUAUUAUGUUGGCAUCAGACAUGUACAAAUACUUUAGGUUGUGUAGCCACUAAUUAUUGCAAGGACACUAAUUAUUUGACAAAUAUCACACUCUUAGAUGAGUUUUGUCCUAUAAAUCCAUCAAACGCAGAGCUGUUUGAUUUUGGAGUAUAUCUUAAAGCCCUUCAAUCAGGUAAUACGGGAUCAAAAAGUUUUUUAACAAAGUACUUCUACACUUUGUGUUGGGGCAUCAGAAACCUCAGUAAUUUUGGAACGAGUUUGGAAACAAGUAACCACCUGUGGGAAAACUGUUUUGCUAUUCAAAUUUCUCUUUUUGGGUUGCUACUGUAUAUCUAUCUCAUGGGAAAUGUGCAGACAUAUAUUCUGUGGGAAACUCAACAAGCAUUGGACAAUGAGAAGGAGAAAAUUAAAUCCAAAUUUGAAGCUCUAGGUACAUGGAUGGUAAGAAAUGGUAUCCCUGAAGAAGUGAAGACCGAAGCAGUGAAAAUCAUAACAGAAAAGGAAGUAGUGGAGAAAAACUACGAUGCUGAUGUGGACUUGCUUUUUGUUUUCAAUGCUCUUACAGGGGAUGAAAACAUGCGUAUCAGGAGUGUUUUGAAGAGGCAUUUGUGCCUAAAUUCCCUACAGAAAGUAUCCAUCCUUGAUCCUGUUCUUCAAGCAGUAGUGAUUAAUGCUCUCGAGCCAGUAGUCUACAAGGAGAAUAGCUGCGUGGUUCAAGCAGGGAAGUCAAUUGAUAGAAUGCUCAUCAUCACAGAAGGCGUAAUUUUCUAUACAGACAACACCAGAGCUAAUGUUGCACCUGAAGCAGGUACCUCAUCCACAAUGAAAAUCCGUAAACCACGUUUUGAGAAAGGUGAAGUUUAUGGAGAAGAGGUUCUGACUAUCGGCGAGAACGACCCUUUUCCUACAUCAGACCGAGAUGUCAAGUGCGAAAGAAAAGUAGAAGCCUUCGCUCUCGCGUGCAGAGGUUUUCCUAACUUCAAAUACGUAUCCGACAUGAUGCGGCGUCGUAAGUCCCCAGAUGGAUCGAAUGAUCCGGAGCUAGUAUACAAGGCAUAUGGGGAGCUGACAACUACAAGAUCAGAGAAGUUAAAGCAAAAACAGAUGAAGAUACUUGAGUGGCUGUCAAGAAACGUCCGGGACGAAGAUCUGAAGACAUUGGUCAUGGAACACAUGAAGGCUAGUAACGUACUGGAAAAGAACUUUGAUGCUGAGGUGGAUGUCAAGUAUCUGUUCUCUGUUGGUCUUUCCUGGGAUAUCGAAUAUCGUAUAAAGAAGCAGAUCUGCAUCAAUUCUCUCAGUAAGAUAUGCUAAAGGAUCAUUGAGAUCGGUAUGUGAAGCAUGGCAUAUCUA